AUGCAGCUUUCGACCGUCGUCACCGCCCUCCUCGCUGGCGUUUCAUUGGUCUCCGCCACUCCCGUUCCGGAGGCUGGGGCACCGAAGCAUCAAGCUGGUAGCUCUGUUUCGAUCAUCGUUGCUCCUAACGUCGCAACUGGCAUCAACCUUGUGAGUUCUUACACGAGAGUGGACGGAUGUUCAGUUCCUCUAACAAAUGAAAUCCAGUGCGCCCAACUCGGUGGAAAGUUCAACACUCAGCUCCAGCAGUGCGUCGUCCAGCAGAACCAGCAGACCAACGUUGGUACCUAUAACGGUGGGGACCAGACCAACUCCAACGGGGGUAUCGUUGCCAGGUCUCCUGGACGCCAUGACGCUCCUCCCCCUGCAGGCCCCGUUGCGGUAGUCGUUGCUCCCAACACUGCCACUGCCGCUGAUCUCUGCGCUCAGAUCGGUGGAAAGUUCAACACUCAGCUCCAGCAGUGUGUCGCCCAGCAGAACCAGCAGAGCAACUUUGGUACCGCGAACGGAGGGUCUCAGAGCAAUUCCAACGGGGGUAUCGUUGCCAGGUCUCCUGGACGCCAUGACGCUCCCUCCGCAAACUCCGUUACGAUCGUUGCCGCUCCCAACACUGCCGCUGCCGCUAAUCUCGUGAGUUCUUGCUCUUGGGCGAUAUCAUGUUCGUUAACAGUCCUUGCUAACCAUUGA